AUGGCUAUCAACGAAGACUUCCUUCCUGUGCAAGAUAAGCAGAAGGAUACGUUGGCUGUCAGCAAAUCGCCGCUAGCAGCUCUACGAAUAUCUCCCGUCCCUACAGCCCAAGAUAGAGAUAACCGCCUGGAAAGGCCCACAGUUACAGCAAGAACCAGAAGGGCAAGAAAAAGAAAUACCCUUGCUGCUACAAAACGGCCUAAUGGUCCAGGUUUUGACUUUGAUGUUGAUAUAGACGAAAAAGCACUUGAAGCUCCCCCACAGCUUGCUCAGGACCACGUUGCAUUUGAUGAUGGAGACGAAGAAGUGAUACGAAGACCUUCAGUUUCCAACGAAGAAGACGGCUCGGCUGUCAAACGUUUGGCUACAUUUCUAAUAGAGUCUGGCAAGGCUAUGAAUGUUCGGUAUAACGUGGUUGAUCCACUAGACGAUGAAAAAGAGUCGGGGACAGGCGCCUCAAACAAGAAACCAUUGCAAAUCUCAAGAACAACGAAAACUAGAAAAGAAACUGUCAUGGCAGUACUUUCACUCAAAUAUCACUGGUUGAUUAAGUGUCAGGAAGACUAUGCCCAUGACCAAAUCAAGUACCCUGGCGUUGAGGGUGUCUACAAUCCAUUACAGAUCAUCCGUAACAGGGCAAUCAGGGCCAAGUACCACGAACCAGCACCUCCUUUGCGGUAUGCAAACCUCCCAUUGGCUUGUAAUGUGUUCAGCUCCCACAAGAAAUCCGGGGGUAGACCCUGGAAGAUGUUGUGGGGUAUUGAGCUUAAUGAACUUGUGAAUGACGAUGCAUGGAGGUCUCAGCAUUGGAAAGAAUUAAAAAAUCCCAAAGGAGAACUUUGGUUUCCUGAUUCUCGUCCACCUCCUCGGUCAGUAAUAUCCUUUGAUACUCCUACAAAGCCUCCCAAGGCUAACCGUUUGCAUGACAAGCUUUGGAAUGAGACAGCCGACCUGGACUCUCGUGUGAGUAGCCGCUCCAAAUCUCCAUCUGCCAAAAGUAUCGGAAAAAACAUCAAACAAAAAGCAAGGCGACUCUAUGGCAGCACUAGCAGCGGAGCGAACUCUAAUUCUGAUCUUGACAACUCUAGCACCGAUCCCCUGAAAUCACACGAAAGUCUACUGAAGCAGAAGCAGAGCAGCGUUUCCAAAUCUGAAAGCGAUUCUAACGGUGUUCAUGUGUUCCAAGUGCCUCGUAAUUUGGGAAGCUCUGGAUCUUCUGAAGCCCAAAGAUCCCAAAAUGAUCUUCCUAAGAUUACAGUAGAUACCGCUUUAAACGACGAUGUUGAUACAAAGAACAGUGCGCAACAUGUGGAAGACUCGAGCGUCAACAGGAGUCGGAUGAACUUGGAUGAUGUUCAAAUCACUCCUUUGCACGCAAGAUCACAACUGGAAAACUUCAAGCCUAAUGUUCUUGCCAGUGCUAUCCCACAUGUUGAUGCAAAAGAUCGCAAACUUUCGCAAGCCUAUAACCACGGCCAGUAUAUGGAGCAGCAAGUGACACUUCAUGAGUCAUUUAUGACUACCAUAUUCCCCCGUGUUGUUGAUUCGACAUCUACCAGAUUAGAGAGCAUUCUCAACAAUAAUAUUAAUGUUCUCCUUCAUGACAUUGUUCUGGUCAAUGACAGCGAGCUUCCAGCACACGAAGCUUUUUACACGGGAUUUUUGAGCGAGUGCAAAUCCCUUAUGCAUCUCAUGAACGACAAGUACGCCGUGAAGAUUGAUAACCUCCUCAGUGCCACUGAUCGUUCCAUGGGUGAAAUAAACACUUCAUUAUCCCUCGACAUGAAGAAGGUCAAUGAACAGCUUGACAAAGUUAAUCAGUCUCUCUUUGGCAGCCUUGUCACAACCUCGAUAGGUGACCGUGAGAGAGAUGUAACUUUUACGGAUGGGGGAAAUUAUAAGAUCUUAUACUUUAUCUUAGAAAACGCCAUCGUGACCGUUUUGAGACUAACAUGGCUCGUGGUGAACAUCUACAAGUUCUUCUUGGCCAUCCUCAAGAUUAUCUGGAAGUUGACCUCCAUUUUGUUUGGCAUUGACACCAAUAUUUACCAGGUUCUUGAGAAUUUCCAAGAGGUUUUCGACAAGGCGAUCAUCCAAGACAAAUCAAGGGAACUGUUGGCAGUCGAGAAUUUGACCCUAGAAUCAGAUGCAUUGAACAUUAUCCGUUUGUGCAAAGACCUACUUUCAAUCACCAGAAGUCUACGGGAGAGUUGGUGUUUGGAUACAAUGAAGGUUAGACCUGAAGGAGGAGACUCCAGAGCGAGCGAUGAAGACGUGCAACGAGUAUUCGAGGAGUUCAACAGACUAACAGAAAAGAUUUCAGCGCUCGAAAAAAGCUAA